AUCCCUGCUACUCACUUCCGCGACAACCACAGCAGACGAGCUGCAGCGAUGUCCUCCUGCCCGCGUCUCGAAAGAAAGCUGCCGUCGCGCUGCGUCUCCGAUCCGCUGGAGGACGAGCGGCAGCGGGGCGAAGCGCGCCUCUUCCGGACGCUGCUGGGCAGCUGCUACGGGCCCCAGGGUGGCCUCAAGCUCCUGCAUAACGCGGCCGGCGGCCCCACCGUCGCCACCUCCACCUCGGCCGUGCUGCUCCCGGCCCUGCAUCCGCCGGGCCCCACCCUGCGGCUGCUAGCGGCCGCGGUGCGUGGGCACCUGGGGCGGUGCGGCGACGGGGGCCUCUUCGCCGCGCUGCUCGCCUCCCUGCUGCUCGAGGGCGGGUGGGGGAUUGAGGUGCCGCCCGGCCUCACGGGAAGAGUGCAGGGACGCCUGCUGCAGCUGUGCGAAAGCUACCUGCGUUCGGAGGAGUGCGCUUGCCGCCUGCGCGUGGACCUGGGUUCGCUACCCCGGCUGCUGUCGCUGGUGCUCACGGUGCUGGGCAGCAAGCCGGCAUGCCUCCUGUCACGACGAGCAGCGCGUCACGUCUCCACCGCGCUGCUGCGCUCCUUCCUCCACACGGUGCCGAGCUGCGGCCUGGCACCUUGUGACGGCGAUGACGACGAACGGCCGACGACGAUGACCCUGGGUCACGCCGUGCUGGUGAGCGCCGUGGGACCGCCGGUCGAGGAGACGCGUGUGCUGCCGGGGCUGCUGGUGGAGACCUCCGAGCUGGCGGUGAGCGUGGCGGGAGGGAGCCCAGGUGACGAGGGAUCCAUCCGUGUGGCCGUUUUCAACACCUCUCUGUCGGGGGACGUGGCCGAGGGCGGCGAGCGGGAGCUGCGCCACGAGGUGGCGGUGGGCGUGAGUGUGCACGGUGCCACGCUUGCGCAGCUGCUGAGUCUGGGUGAGCGGCUGCUGGCACUGGGGGUGCGGCUGCUCGCCUGCCAGAAGGUGGUCCACCCUGCGCUGGGCCAGUUCCUGGAGGAGCGCGGUGCACGCGUGAUCGACCGCCUCGGAGCUUCCCUCGUUGAGCCCCUCUGCCGCCUUACAGGCGCCCAGCCGCUCGGCUCGUUUGUGGGCGUCGUGACCCUGGCGCAGCUCGGACUCGUGCGGGGCACGGACACCGUGCGCGUGGGGGAGAAGCGCUUCCUGCACCUACGGGGGGUCGACGCCCCCCCCGUGUGCACGCUCGUGCUGUGCCACCGCAACGACGCCGCGCUCGCCGAGCUCAAGCUGGCGUGCCAGGCAGCCCAGCACGCCCUGCAGGCUCUGCUCAAGGAGCCCCUGGCCCUGUUUGGCGGGGGCUGUACGGAGACCCACCUGGCCGCCUACAUUAGACACGCGGCGAUGGGGCUGAGCGAGGAGCUGCUGCAGGAGCUGCGCUGCUCGCGAGCCCAGCUGCGCAGCGUGGCGUCACACCUGGCGGGCGCGCUGGAGGCCGUAGCGUGCACGCUGAGCCAAGGCCGCAGCACCCACCUUGUGGACAGCAGGUUUGGGCACCUUUGGGUGGCGUGGCGAGUAGCUCUGCCGGAUGAGGACUGGGAGGCCGUGCUCCAGAGUUGUGCGUGUGGCGCCCUGGUGUCGCCCCCGCCCGGCGUGAGCUGGCGGUGGCUGGGCCAACGUGGCCAUCGUGACUCCACGUCGCUGGGUGACGAGGCGACGGCUCCGACACCGCUGCUCGCACCGCCGGAUCCUCCACCCUCUCUGCUGCUCGACUCCUUCACGGUCAGAAGCAAUGCCCUCCAAGUGGCUGUGGAGGUCGCCAGCCUCCUCCUGGAUGUUAAGUGCACGAUCGAGGACACCAAUUAGAAAUAAAGCUAGCAAAUGUCUUGUUUCAAAUGGGACAGUCCCUGUUGCCCUGAAAGAUUUGCAUACAUCAGUAUUUUGUAUUUGUUUAACAUGUUAACUUUAGAGAAGGGCCCUUAGGCUACAGAGGUAGGCUAUUCGAUAAUAGUGGCACGCUAUUAAGACUGUAGAGGCAUGCUGUUGAGACAAAGUCAAUAUUUUACUGGAUGCAGAAGCCCAAACCGGUUAAACAUGACAAGGCUUCUUGUCAACAGUGUGUGAUUGGGUUUGGAAUGCCACAACGCUUGUGGGCCUUUUUCUCUGUGCCGUGAGUUGGAAUCUGUGUCAGUGCUUGUUAUGUACAUGUCUGAAAUGACCUGCCCUGAAAUUAUUUAUUUUUCAUUUUGUAUGCAUAUGCAGGAUUGUGUUAACUUAUAAUAAAGCUAUUCUCGAUACAUGGCUGGUGUUUGCGUGCACUUUUUGCGCAACUAGAUUUAAUCACGCUGAGACCCGUGACUUAUAAUCAAGCUGCUUUGCAGACAAACCCAACACAGGAAACCUGUGAGUAUUGUAGGCAUCUCCUUUCAUUAUUUCUCACACGAAUAGGAGGGUGGAACACCUCCAGCCCACGGUCCAGGCACCGACCGUGGCUUCAUUUGAUACAUUUAUCUGUCACUGCAAGCAUCUGAGGCACGCCGAUUGGGUCCUAAUAGUUCGUCCGGGCGACACUGUUGCUAAUGUUAGCAUGCAAAGUCGCCUCUGUCACAGCGGGAAAUGUAAGCCCUGAUUAUUUUUUCACGCUAUUAUUGGACAACGCUAAGGUGUGUUGUUCAUGCGUGGCCCUCAGAUAAAUCCUUUACCACCCCUGGGAAACGGUUCCCCGCCACUGAUUUCAAGGAAGCUACAACACCCACUCACCGCUGUCAGAUGUGUCACUAGAAAAUGAGCUCUGCCCUCAGAUGUCAAUUACAAUGAUAAUGAUUUGCUUUUUGACAUAUUGCCCAAUACACCGGGAUGUCUCAUUGCUUUCCAUCUCAAAUCAACACGUUGAAAAGGCACCCUCAGUGGCACAAAUGUACUCAGCACCUGGCCCGCAAAUGGGCAUUAAUCUGCCAGUAGGAUCGAUGAUGGCUUUCAAUGGAGUAAUUGCAAUCAAUGCUAAAGCCCUGCCUCUCGCUGUCAAUCUUGUAAGCCCCAUGAUUUGUCGUCAAUCAAUGUCAUCGUCGGCCUUGCUCAGAAGCUUGUCAGUCAAGUAUCGCUCCCCCGCCCACAGUUGUCAAUCCAUAUUCAAGGUUUUUAAGGUAUUAGCGUAAAUUUAAAUAUCGUUCAUUGUUAAAUUUGAAUCACAGUUCCUAUGAUUACUGGUUGUUACAUUGUUUUUAUAGCUUUAUUUUGGUGAUGUCGAAAAUAUAUGGUUAAGCCAUGUUUCUUGCAGAAGUGCGGAGUUGGCCUGAUAUCUUUAAUCGAAAUUGUCUUAUGGUUGUUAUUGUUCGACUUGCAUCACACUGGGAUUUUUGCACACAGCGUUGUAAUACGGUGUUUUUUUUCUGGAAGAUUUGCUGGUUUAUCCAGGAUGUUUCUGUUGCGCGUCGUCCAGUGGCGGCUCCUGCAAAAUCUCUCAGGGGGGGGCAAAUGUCUGGAUGAUUGAUAAGGAUAAGGUCCACCCAUGCAAUGGAUAAAUUAACAGCUUAAGCAUGUAAAGGCAACUUCACUUCUUUAAUAUUAAUGAAAAAUAAAGUGACUCUUACAAUACAUCUUGUUUGUUUAUAUACUCA